AUGUCACGACAACCCCGCAAUGCCGCCCCUGCGACCGCUGCUUCUAGCACUCGCAUGAACGAAUAUUUUGUCCCCAGAGAUGGCAUCGAUCGCGAAGUCAUUUCUGCCGACAUUUGCCGCUACCUGGGCAACGAUGCCCUGGUGCGGCCUGGUCAUUAUGAGAACCCGCAGACUGGGCAGACCGUCCAGGGCUACUACAUUACCGCCUACCGGAACUUGACAACCGCCAUGAUUGAAGACCUCAAGGCAGACUCUGCCCGUUGGGACAGCGAACGCCGCGCUCAAACAUCGCGCAAUACCCCUGGAGGUAUCCAAGGCUCGCGAGAUGGCCCGAACUAUCAUGGGGCUCCGUCUUCUAACUCACAUGCAGUGCAGUAUCGAUACUCCGAGACGCACCAAUCGCGUCAGCACCAUGGACCUACCGAGCACCCCCCUUUCCAGCAGCAGCAGCAACAGCAGCAGCAGCAGCAGGACCACUUCAACUCCCGUGAUACCUUUGACACUGCUAGAUAUCCAGGAUCCGGUGCCCCGGGCUACACCGGCGCCACUGGCAACUUUCCCCAGCAGCAAACAUAUGCCCCGCCCCCCGCCGGUCCCAGCUAUGGUAAUUACCAGCAAGGACCCCCUGGUGUGAAUCCCGAUCCCAGAUAUGCCAGCCCUGUCAACCAACCCGGCUUGAUGAACCCAGGAUUUCAAGCCCAAGAAGUUCCCUAUGUGAAUACUGGUGCAAACAUGGCGCCGCGCUACCCUCCCAACGAUGGAUUCUCCGGGCCUCGUGGGGGCUCCUCUGGACCUGGAGCCCAGCAGGCCAUGUACUCUUCCUCCGGACCUCCCCAGCAAGGCUACCCCCAAUCCUCCGGCGGCCCGUUUCAGUAUUCAAACCAGGGACCUCAUCCGGGAAGCGCUCAGCAGUAUUCCUCCUCUAUUCAGCCGCAAGAUCCCUUUUACGGCAGAGCCUCGCCCGCAGGCCCUCCUCCGCAGCCCGGUUAUGGAGCCCAAGGACAGCAACAGCAGCAGCCACAGCAACAGCAACAGAUACAGCAGCAACCGCAACAGUAUGAAGAAAAUUCCCAUCCUCGUGGCUCUGCCCCUCCUGCCAGCCCUAAACCGCCAGGUUCAAACAAGCGUCGUAGUGACCAAGACAGCGACAGGAACUCUGUCGAGAGACAAUACCGACCCCCGCCUCCUCGCCGCUAG